UUGUCAAGAGUCUACCUUCACAUGACUAGAAAAAACUGCCCUAGAUGCAAUAAUAUUUUUCCGUUCUGUGUAAAGUGUAAAAAGACUUUGGCAUGAUGUAAAACUUACUCCAACUUGGCUUAGUGAGAAGAACCAACCAUGAUGUUACACAGCACAAAUGUAGAAAAGAAAAACAAAAAAAAAAAUAAAAGAGUAAAGAAGCGACAAGCGUGGGCAUGGUUUCAUACAUCCUAGCCACAAAGGAGCAUCAUUGUAAUUUCAAGCCCUCCUGUACACCCAUUAUAUAGCAUCAAAACAAGAGAAGAGAAUACAGAGAGAGAGAGAGAGAGAGAGAGAGGGAGAGACGCUGAGAGAGUGAGAUGGAGAUGGAGAUGGAGAUGGAGACAGAGAACUCAAACGAUGUAUACAGAGAGUGUCUGAGAAACCAUGCAGCCAGCCUCGGUAGCUAUGCCACAGACGGCUGUGGAGAGUUCACCCUCGACGACUCCUCUCCAGGCUGCCUACAAUGCGCAGCAUGCGGCUGUCACCGCAACUUCCACCGGAAGGUCACGUACGUACCCACCCAUGUGAGAGGAGGAGGAGCGAGCUAUAGCAGCCGCGGUGGCCGAGAAGUCCCAGAAACCACGGCCGAGCUCAUGGAUUACACCGGCGGCGGACGGCAGGCGGUGAUGGUGGAGUCGGGUGAAGCUGCAGAGAGAAACUUCAGCAAGAAGAGGUUCAGGACCAAGUUUACACAGGAUCAGAAGGAGAAGAUGCUGGCUUUUGCAGAGAAGUUGGAGUGGAAACUGCAGAGAAAGGAUCUGGACGAUGAGAUUGAGAGGUUCUGCAGAGGAGUUGGGGUGAGCAGGCAGGUCUUCAAAGUGUGGAUGCAUAACCACAAAAAUGCUUCCUCCUCGUCUUCCGCAUCUACAGGCAAUGCCUCAUCCCUUACCCAGUAGGACUAGUGCUUCUCCGGGGACAGACUACUAGUGGGAAAGAAGUUUAAGUGAAUAAUUUUAUUUUUAUUUUAUUCUAUUUGAUUUUAGGGGAAUAUAUAUACUUUCACCCUUAAAUAUUACCUUUUUUUUUUUUUUUUGUUAAUUUGCACUCUCAAAUUAUUAAAAUAGCAAUUUAAUUUUCACAUUCGGUUUA